ACAUCGCUCCAGUUGCCCAUGGCAAUUCUAAAAUAAAAUAACCAAAUAUAUACAAAUAAAACAAGUAUUCUUUUCUAUUCCGAUGUACGUAUUCUGAAUUAAAAAUAUAGCUCCUUAAGAUGUGUCAUCACUGAUAAGUAUACUGCCAAGUAUAUUUGAAGUAUUAUUUGUUUUCAGGACGUAUUUUUAUGUAGGUAAGAGUGAGUGGAGGUGUGGAAUUUUAUAUAAACAGUAUCUAGCAUGCCCGGAUGUCCCGCAAGUGUGUAAAUAGUCACCAGCUGUCAUGCCGGCUGCGAAAAAGAAGACGAAAGGAGGAAAACAAGAUUCAAAGAAAACAGAAAAGAAAGGAUUAAAAGGACUUCAAACCAUUAGUGAUUUGUUGAAAAAUCUCAGAUUACAAUAUGAUGUCAAGUGUAAAGAUGAAAAGAGUUUUCCUCUGCCUACCGUCAAAAAUUCAAUCAAGGAAUACGAAGAGAAAAGUGAAUUUUUAGUUAAGUUUGUACUGUUUCCUGGUCAGUGCGAGGAUUGUCCGGUGAAAAUUUCUCCAUUAUUAUCAGCUCUACGCAGUACAAGAUAUGUUUACAUCAAAGAACUGUAUAUUUGGGAUAUACCAAUGAAACACGAGGAUGUGGCCACCUUGGCAUUGUUUUUGGAGAAAGGAAUCUAUCGUGUGCAGUAUCUGGAGUUAAUGAGCUGUUCAAUCGAAAGUUAUGCAGUUCAAAGGCUAGGAAGAUCAUUUGUGUUAAACUGCGUAACAACACUUCUACUCGAUUAUAACCAGUUUGGUGACGAAGGAUGCGAAGGACUAUGUCGUGGCUUGAAAAAUAACAAAACUCUACUGAGAUUAAGCUUGAACUAUUGUAACCUUGGUCCAGAUUCUGGUCGAAUUCUUGGCGACUUGUUAACAGAGACUGCUGUAUGUGAGAUCUAUCUUGAUGGGAACCAUCUCGAAUGUGAAGGUGUUAUUGAAAUGAUCAAAUUAUUGGCUGACAAAGCAGAAAUGGAGGCAAUUGAACGAGCAGAGAAAAAAGAACAGGAAAAUGUUCCUCCUGUUAAUAAUGUUGUAGCUGAGGUGUCGCAAAUGUCCGCAACGAGUGCAGCCGGCAAUGGAAAUAAAACACCAGAAAUAACUGAAAGCCCAAGUAAGGAAGACAAAUCUGCUAUAACUAAAGCCAAGAAAAAAGGCAAGAAGAAAAAGAAAAAAUCUGCUAAAAAGAAAGUGAAGCUUCCUCCCAGAGUGGGACCAUGGAUUGAAAAAAUUCAUAUUGCAAAUAAUGGCAUUGAUGCUCAUGGACCCGGAUCCAACCUAUCUCCAGUCAUGUGUAUGAGAUUAUUAAGAAAAUUGAUAACGCAUUCAGAUUGUCUCAAGGAAAUUGACUUGGAGCAUAAUUUGAUUGGUGAUUUAGGAGGUCGCGAACUUUUAGAGGCUCUUAUGGAUCGUAAGGAAGCAAAGCUCACCUCAAUAAAACUUCGAACAACCCAUCGAAUGAAUUCGACGACAUUUGCAAACUUGGUUAAACACGGAGGAGGAAUGAAGAAGAAAGCAAAGAAAAGAGGAAAACCAGGGAAGAAACGCAUUUAAAUCCAGUUAGAGUAAAUUUGUAAAACUCAUAACCCCUAAGCACUGCUCGAAAGAAAAUUGAAAGCGAUCAACCUCGCAAGUCGUGCUCUUCCUUCCAUCUUCCGGCUUUCUCCGCUCACACAGAGGAGAGACCCUGGGUACGAAGUUGUUAAACGGUCUGCUUCAGUGAACGUCUGCUUACGUGUACGUUGACCUGCCUGAGCAUUUUGAAGGAUUUUUUUUAAUCGUGGAGCUUCCGGAGGUUUUCCAUCAUGUGGACUUCCGGGUCCUACAUUUGGUUGAAGUAAAUGGAAACUUGGAUAAUGUGACGAAUUGACUCUAUGGAAACAGUUGAAAUGUAGGUGACAAAAAAUUUAAGAGGCACGGCAAAGACGUCAUAGCACGUCAUAACACGUCAUAACAGAUAUAGCCGAUCACUUUGGCACUGUUGUGAAAAACCACAUAAGGACACUUCUGCACUUCACGAGCGAUAUAUUUUCUGUCGAAGUAAAUACUCGUGUCAAUAUUGACUUCCCGCUAAUUCAGGAUGUUUCUAUCGGGGUUUUCGAGUGUUGCGUGAGCAAAGCUCACGCAAACAUAUUUGCAAUUGAUGAUUGCGUAAGAAUGUGGAAUACAUUCAGUUAGACACUCGUCUAAAGAAUGGUAACCUGAUCUCAAAUCAAUAGCCAUUCGACCUGUUAGUGUUGGAAAUAUUCAAAAUUAUGAUAACUAUCUCGAUAUAUGUAUAGAAAGCAUUUUUUUGGUCUGCUCGACGGCUCCAAUUCUUUAGAAAAGAAAGACGAUUUAUUAUUUUGUAUCCGAUUCUGCAGACAUCUUGUGCGACAGGAAAAUGUUUCUUCCAAAUAUGCAUGUAGUAGAUAGCAGUACAAAUAGAAGACCACAUACGCAAGAAAACCAGAAAUAGAUAUUGCAAAUAUGUAUGGAUGCGAGUGAUCUUGGUCAUUAUUA